CUCUUACGGAAGCCGAGGCGGACGGUCGGAAUCCGGAAGAAAAACAAUCGGGUGCGAGAGAGGUGCCUGAGACCUGGUGUCCGAGACUUGCCGCCCGGAGGCGGCUCCGGCCGGGACCAGCUGGGGCGGCGAGACGCGAGCCUGCCGGACCACUGCGUGGGGACGAUGGCGGCCGUGAACUUGCGGAAGCCGACUGGGCUGAAAGUCAGGAAGCUCAGCAUACAUGUCGUGACAUGGAAUGUGGCCUCGGCAGCACCCCCUCUAGAUCUCAAUGACCUGCUUCAGCUGAACAACCAGGACCUGAAUAUGGACAUGUAUGUCAUUGGUUUGCAGGAAAUGAACUCUGGGAUCAUAAACCGCCUUUCUGACGCUGCCUUUGAAGACCCAUGGAGCAGUUUCUUCAUGGAUGUGCUUUCCCCUCUAAACCUCAUCAAGGUCUCCCAUGUCCGCAUGCAGGGGAUCCUCUUACUGUUCUUUGCCAAGUAUCAGCAUUUGCCCUAUAUCCAGAUUCUCUUCACAAACUCUACCCCCACGGGUCUCUUCGGGUACUGGGGAAACAAAGGAGGAGUCAACAUCUGCCUGAAAGUUUAUGGCUACUAUGUCAGCAUUAUCAACUGCCACCUGCCUCCCCACAUGUCCAAGAAUGACCAGCGGCUGGAGCACUUUGACCGGAUCCUGGAGAUGCAGAAUUUUGAGGGACACGAUAUCCCCAACAUCCUAGACCAUGACCUUAUUCUCUGGUUUGGAGACAUGAACUUUCGGAUCGAGGACUUUGGGUUGCACUUUGUUCGAGAAUCCAUAAAAAAUCAGUGCUACAUUCACCUGUGGGAGAAGGAUCAGCUCAGCAUUGCCAAGAAACAUGACCCGCUGCUCCGGGAGUUCCAAGAGGGCCCCCUGCUCUUCCCGCCCACCUACAAGUUCGAUAGGAACUCCAAUGACUAUGACACCAGUGAGAAACGACGCAAGCCUGCCUGGACCGACCGCAUCCUGUGGAGGCUAAAGCGGCAGUCCCAGGCCGGUCCCCAUAUCCCCAGACUGCCAGCCCCCUACUUCUCGCUGUCUCUGAGGAGCUACGUCAGCCACAUGCUGAAGCCAUUGGUAUCUGCCCCACUGAUCACCCUGAUGCCCGAGAGCCUGUGGACCAUGGAGAACAACAUGGUGGUCAGCUACUCCUCAGCGCCUGACUUUCCCAGCAGCCCCUGGGACUGGAUUGGCCUGUACAAGGUGGGGAUGCGGCACAUUAAUGACUAUGUGUCCUAUGUCUGGGUAGGGGACAACCAGAUCUCCUUCAGUGACAACCUGAACCAGGUGUACAUGGACAUCAGCGCCAUCCCUAAGACUGCAGAUCAGUGUCUCCUCUGUUACUUCAGCAACAAUCUGCAUUCUGUCGUGGGCAUAAGCAAACCCUUCCAGAUCCCACCUCGCUUCUUUUUGAGGGAGGACCCACUGGGCGAAGCCCAACUACAGUUCUGAGCCAGCAUGGGAGUGAAUCCAGGGCAGAGGCCAGAGCUGGCAGCCAGCUCUCCCUUACCACUGCCAGGAGUGCUGGGGGCCCAGCCCAGCCCCCCGAGGAGACAGCCAGUGUCCUCCACAUACCCACCACCUUCGAGCUCUAGCCGGCCUCCUUCGCUAUCUCCAGUACAGAUCUCUGGAACUGGCCGCGUAAAUACAGGCUUUCGUUGCUGAGAUGUGACUAAAGCAAGGUAGUUUGUCAACAAUGAAGACUUGGGGACAAUUCACCAGAUGUGGGAAGGACCCUUCAGCCUGCAUCUCAUUUCUUGAUUUCCUCCCUACACACUUCUAGUCCUGCCAGGCACAUGCCCCAUCUGGCACAGGCCUGCAUUCUUGUCAUGCCAUCCUGGGUCUCAGACUGCCUGGGAGGGAGGGAUGCUCACAUUUGUACAGGCUCUAUAGACUGGUUGGCGCAAGCAGCGCUGGGUUCCAGGAGUCUUGGCAUCUCGUAGCCUGUCCCCAUGAGAGAUAGACAGAGAGUCUGGGAUCCCUACUUUCAGCAGAAACAGUGUGACUAAGCGGGUAGGAUGGAGGGGCCCCUCUAGCCAGGUUCUUAUGUAGUAGUGUGAACAGGUUGAUGAGGGUCCUUCUGCUAACACAACCUUCCCCACUACCCCCUGUGUGGAGUCCAGCCAAGGAAGUUGCAGGGCCUGAACAGAGAAAAUUGGAAAGGACUGAGGUUAGCUUCUGCCCUCUUAAGAAGGGUUGACAGAUGGUAGGGGAACUUCAGCCACAGACUUUUCUAGGGUGGUCAUUGCCAAAUCAAGCUCUUCUGCUCCACCCUUGUCAGGACUUUGGCCAGAAACUGCUCCUCUCUCUGGACCCUGCUGGGACCUAGAAAUGGGGGCAGGCAGAAGGGAGAGCUGGAUCAAGGUAUUUUGGAGGAUCUUGCCCUGGGGGUCUUCUGAGAGCAUUCUCCAGGUGCUAUGUGGACAUGGCUUGUCCCCACUCCCACCACUUGCCUCCUGCCAGUGGUGACUCAAUGGCCCUUCUCAGGAGAAGCCACCUCAGGGAGCCUGCUCAGUGCUUGUCAUGCCAUCCGAUGACCCGAGAUUGAGGAUCACUCCAGUUGCUCUGCAUCCCAUACUCCACCCAGGGAGCUAUGUGUAUCAAGAACUGUCCCCUGGCUUCUGGUGGGCCACGGCUAUCUAUGUUCUGUGUUUGUUACACUGUAGGGUAA